AUGGGUGGUUCCGUCGCGUUUUGGGGUUAUUCGAACUUCCUUAGUACUUCAUAUCCUCUUAUCUCCUCCAGAUCCGCCUCCCUAUUCCGCAUCAACCCUAUAACUCCGUUCCUCCCCCACCCCCCGUCUUUUCCGCGCACCCGCACCUCUCCUUCCCUCCCUUUUUCCUCUCACGCACCCCUCUCUUCCCCUCCUUCCCACAAGGCCUUCCGCAUCAAGAUCAAGCUCGCGAAGAAGAUGAAGCAGAACCGGCCCAUCCCCUACUGGAUCCGCCUGCGCACCGACAACAAGAUUCGGUACAACGCCAAGCGUCGGCACUGGAGGCGCACAAAGCUGGGCUUCUAA